AUGCGAAAGAAACCAGACCGGAAUGACUGCAUGUCUGUGCGACAGGCCAGUGCAACGCUUGGCAUCGUCGUCCUCCUCCUGACAGCCACUUCCCUCUGGUUCAGCACCCUCGACGACUCUAACGGAGGCCGUCGGCGCCGGUCCCCCUCUUCCACUAUCAAAGAUCCCACGACCCCCCCAGACUCGCUGCCCUCAGACCCCUUUGCCCAGUAUAUCUACCAGGAGGAGCUUCAACUCAACUACGACUAUGAUAGCACUGCCGGCGUCAUCAACCCCUCCCGCUUUGCCACACUCCGCGAAGACGAACAACAAGAACAGAACAAGAACAACAAGAACCACAGGACGAUUGUUGUGGGGGAUGUCCAUGGGAGUCUUUUGGGGUUUGAGCGGUUCCUGAAAAAGAUCGAGCACAACCCUAAAUGGGACACCCUCGUCAUGGCAGGUGACAUUGUUGCCAAGGGGCCUCAGUCGCUCAAGGCUAUCGACCGUCUAAUUGAGCUCCGGGCCAAGUGUGUCCGUGGCAACCACGACGAUGUCGUCAUCCGCUGGAGAGGGUUCCUCGACAGUGUCGAUGUUGCCAUCCUGGAAGAGUACGAGGCCUCGCCUGCGUUUGUCGAUGUGAUGGAGGCGGAGGCGGAGACUGAGGCUGGGGCGCAGGCAAUAGAGUCCAUGGAUGCAUUCUUCCUCGAGCGGGGCAUCACGAUACCCUCGGAUCUCGACCGCAAGUCCGAACACUACCAGAUUGCUCGCGCCAUGACCAAGCACCAAUACAACUACCUCCGCCAAUGCCCCCUCAUUCUCACCAUCCCUAGAGAGAUCUCUGUCAACCACAUUCCAGUCCAUGUGGUUCAUGCCGGCAUUGAGCCGAAACGAGACAUCCUCCACCAGCGACCCUGGGUCCUCAUCAACAUCCGCAACCUCCUCCCCGAUGGAACCCCCUCCCGUAAGAAGUCUAAGGGCCGUGGAUGGGCACGGGAGUUCAACGAGCUGCAUAAUCGACGCUCCCCGUCCAAGCGCGAUUUCUUGGUUGUCUAUGGGCAUGAUGCAGGGCGGAACUUGAAUGUCAUGCCAUGGUCGAUUGGAUUGGACACAGGCUGUGUCUAUGGUCGUGAGCUCACCGGCUAUGUUGUCGAGACGGGGCUUAUCUUAUCCUCCCCUUGUCCCCGUGUUUGA